AUGGCGGAACUGUAAGCUUCGGGGCGAGCAGCAGUGCACCGCCUGUCCUCGCUGAGCAAGUGUAUAUAAUAAUUUAUUUAUUCAGCCAACUUCACAUCCUUUCCCGCUAUGACCCGCUGGAUUCCUACUAAAAAAGAGAAGUAUGGAGUCGCAAUCUACAAUUAUGAUCCCUGUGGCGAGCAGGAGCUGUGUCUACAGGUGGGGGACACGGUGCACAUACUUGAGAAAUUUGAAGGCUGGUUUAGAGGUUACACCCUAAGAAAAAAAUCACAGAAGGGCAUUUUCCCUGCUUCCUACAUCCACUUGAAGGAAGCUACCGUCGAGGGAAUAGGCCAGCAGGAAAUAAUUAUUCCAGCAGACUUACCUCUGGUGCAGGAGCUUGGGGCUACCCUGAGGGAAUGGGCACAGAUAUGGCAAAAGCUCUAUGUGGGGAACAAGAUAACCCUGUUCAGGAGUGUGCAGCAGAUGGCUUAUAGCCUCAUCGAAUAUCGAUCUCAGAUAGUGUCAGGAACGCUGCCCAAGGAUGACCUUGUAGAACUCAAAAAGAAAGUCACUGCAAAGAUUGAUUAUGGAAACCGGAUUCUGGGGUUGGACCUGGUGGUGCGAGAUGAGGCGGGGAACAUGCUGGAUCCUGACCGGACCAGUACUGUCAGUCUCUUCCGGGCACAUGAGACGGCUUCCCGCAGCGUGGAUGACAGAAUACAGGAAGAAAAGACGCGGCUACAAAACUUGGAAAUGAGGCACCAGGCCCUGUUUAGCACAGUGCACACCUUCAGUCUCCUUAUGAACCUGAAAAACUUUGUAUGCAACAUUGGAGAAGAUGCUGAGCUGCUCAUGUCCCUCUAUGACCCUGACCAGCUGGAAUUUAUCAGUGAGAACUUCCUGGUGCGCUGGGACAGUAUGGGAAUGCCUAAAGAAAUUGAAAAACUCAACAACCUGCCAGGCUUAUUCACGGACCUGAGCAGCAGUGACUUGAUGAGGCAACGACUCUUCCUGGUUUGUCAGAUCAUCAGAGUGGGCAGCAUGGAGCUCAAAGAGGGCAAGAAACAAACCGGCGGGUUGAGGAGACCAUUCGGUGUAGCUGUGAUGGACAUAACAGAUAUCGCCCAUGGCAAAAUAGACGAUGAGGAAAAACAGCAUUUCAUCCCCUUUCAGCAGAUAGCUAUGGAAACCUACAUCCGCCAGAGGCAGCUCAUCGUGUCUCCUCUCAUCCCUUCUCGAGUCAUAGGAGACAACGAGCCGCUCACUGCUGUCUUCAACAAAGUCAUUGCCACACGGGAGGUCAAUCACAAAGGCCAGGGGCUUUUUGUGACCCUAAAGCUCCUCCCAGGCGACCUUGUCCAAGUCAGGAAGGACUACCCCCACUUUGUGGACCGCAGCACGGCAAUUGUGAGGAAAAUGGGCUUCCCGGAAAUCAUCCUCCCAGGAAAUGUGAGGAAUGAUAUAUAUGUAAACCUGCUUCAGGGAGAGUUUGAUCGCGGUAAAAAGAAGACCCCCAAAAAUGUUGAGGUCAUACUGAGUGUGCAUGAUGAGGAGGGCAAUCCCAUGGAGAAAGCAAUAUUUCCUGGAGCCGGUUAUGAUGGUAUAACAGAGUACAAGUCUGUCAUUUACUACCAGGUCAAGCAGCCUUGUUGGAAUGAAACAGUAAAGGUGACGAUUCCCAUUGAAGACGUGUGUCGCUGCCACUUGAGGGUGAUGUUUCGACACAGAUCCUCCCAAGACUCCAGGGACAAAUCAGAGAAACCCUUUGGUAUGGCCUUCGUCAAGCUCAUGAGACUAGACGGGACAACACUGAAAGAUGGCCGGCAUGAACUUAUCGUCUACAAGGUUGAUGCAAAAAAGGCAGAAGAUGCAAAGGUUUAUCUCACCUUGCCAGCAACCUGGGAUGAAGUAGCAGAAAAGGAAAAGCAAACAGGGAAACAGUUUCAGCAUUCAGGAGUGAUUCCUGUGACGAAAGACAGCUUCCAGAUCGCCACACUUACCUGCUCCACUAAACUCACUCAGAAUGUGGAUCUGCUCGGCCUGUUGAACUGGAGGUCUAACCCUGAGAAUCUUGAGCAGAUUUUGCAAAGGCUCAUGGAAGUUGAAGGAGGGGAGAUUGUCAAGUUCCUCCAGGACACUCUAGAUGCGCUAUUCAACAUCAUGAUGGAGACCUCGGAAAAGGACACCUACGAUACCUUGGUGUUCAAUGCCUUGGUAUUUAUAAUCACACUUAUUGGUGACAUCAAAUUCCAACAUUUUAAUCCCGUUCUGGAAACUUACAUCAACAAGCACUUCAGUGCUACUUUAGCUUACAUGAAGCUAACCAGGGUGCUUAACUACUAUGUGGGGCAAGUAGCUGAGGAUCCUGACCUGACAGAGAAGCUCUUCACAGCACUCAAAGCUCUCAAGUACCUAUUCAGGUUCAUUGUACAGUCCAGAGUCCUCUAUCUCAGAUUCUAUGGGAACAGUGAAGAUGGAGAUGCUUUCUUCAACUCCAUUCAUGAGCUUUUUCUGUCAUUCAACAAUCUCAUGGACAGACCUCUGGAUGAGGGAGUGAAGAUCAAGGGUGCAAUAUUGAAAUACCUCCCCACCAUCAUUAAUGACAUCCAGAAUGUGUUUGAUCCCAUGGUACUCAGCAAUCUCCUUUCAAAGUUCAUUGAGAGCAUUCCUGACACGCAGUUUGUGCGUCAGAAGCUGGGCUGCAUGUGUAAAAUGGUGGAGAGUGACCUUUUCAGGCAACCAGACUGUCGAGAUGUUCUUCUUCCACUUGUCACUGACCAGCUGAGUGGACAGCUAGACGACCACUCCAGUAAACCAGACUAUGAGGCCUGUGUUCAGCUGCUCAGCACAGUGUUAGAUAACCUGGACCACAAAGAUGUGGGUCCCACCAGAGGGCAUGUUCAGCUGAUUAUGGAGCGGCUUCUUCGCAGGGUUAAUCGCACUGUCAUCAGCAUGGAUAGAUCCUCUCCUCUCAUUGGCCACUAUCUUGCCUGCAUGACAGCUAUCUUAAAGCAAAUGGAUGACAUGCACUAUACCCGCUACAUCAGCACCUUCAAAACGGGACAGGAUAUCAUUGACUUCCUCAUGGAGACAUUCAUCAUGUUUAAAGACCUCAUGGGAAAUGUCUUUGCUUCUGACUGGAUGACCAUGAACCUGGUGCAGAUGCAGGUCUUCCUCAGGGCCAUCAACCAAUAUUCAGAUGUCCUCAACAAGUAUUUCCUGGACGAGGUGCAUUUUGAACUGCAGCUGUGGAAUAACUACUUUCAUCUGACCGUGGCUUUCCUCACACACAAGACGCUGCAGCUGGAGUCCUUCUCACAAGAGAAACGAAAUAAGAUACUGAACAAGUAUGGAGACAUGAGGAAAACAAUUGGAUUUAAGAUCAGAGACAUGUGGUAUAACCUCGGGCCCCACAAAAUGAAGUUCAUCCCAGCCAUGGUUGGACCCAUUCUGGAGGUCACACUGGUGCCUGAGCCCGAACUGAGAAAAGCAACCAUCCCCAUUUUCUUUGAUAUGAUGCAGUGUGAGCACAACUUCAGCCCUGGACGCACAUUUGAAAAGUUUGAGAAUGAAUUGAUCACAAAAUUGGAUCAAGAGGUAGAGGGAGGCCGAGGGGAUGAGCAGUACAAAGUCCUGCUUGAGAAAACAUUACUCGAGCAUUGUAGACGCCACAGAUACCUGUCCCAGUCAGGAGAGGAACUGGCUCUACUCCUGAGCAGCCAACUGGAGAAUCUCCUGGCCUACCGCACCAUCACACAAGACGAAAGCCCAGAGCACCGCAUGAGCUGCACUGUCAAUGUGCUGAACUUCUACAAAGAAAAAAAGAGGGAGGACAUUUACAUCCGGUACUUGUACAAGCUGCGAGAUUUACACCUGGACUGUGAGAACUACACAGAAGCUGCCUAUACUCUGCUGCUGCAUGCUGAAUUACUGGAGUGGUCAGACAAACCUUGCGCACCUCAUCUGAUCCCACGAGACGGGGAGCAUGUGUGGACCCAGCAGGAGCUGAAGGAGAGGCUCUUCCAUGAUAUCAUAUGUUACUUGGACAAGGGCAAGAUGUGGGAGAAGGCCAUUGAGCUGGGCAAACAGCUUGCUAAGAUGCAUGAAAGCCACAUGUUUGACUUCAUGGAGCUGAGCCAGCUGCUGAAAAAACAAGCUGAGUUCUAUGAAAACAUCAUGCAUGCAAUGCGGCCACAGCCAGAGUACUUUGCAGUUGGAUAUUAUGGACUUGGAUUCCCUUCUUUCCUCAGGAACAAGAUGUUUAUCUACCGAGGCAAAGAGUACGAGUGGCUUGAAGACUUCAGUUUAAAGCUGCUGUCUCAGUUUCCAAAUGCAGUCCGGAUGACCAGCACAGCGCCACCUGGAGACGACAUCAGCAACUCACCUGCACAGAACAUCCAGUGCUUUACCGUCAAGCCAGUUUUCACAGUGCCACGCCAGUUUAAAGACAAGGGGGUUCCAGAGCAGAUAUUAAACUAUUACCGAACCAAUAAGGUGGACCAGUUCCAGUACUCCAGGCCUUUCCGGAAAGGUGAAAAGGACCCAGACAAUGAAUUUGCAACGAUGUGGAUUGAGAGAACAACGUAUAUCACUGCCUAUCGCUUCCCGGGGAUUCUCAAGUGGUUUGAAGUCAGAUCUGUCUCAGUGGAAGAGAUCAGUCCUUUGGAGAAUGCCGUAGAAACCAUGGAGAUGGCCAAUGAAAAGCUUAGUAACCUCGUGCAGCAGCAGGCCUGUGAUCGCUCACUGUCCAUCAACCCUCUGUCCAUGAUGCUCAGCGGCAUCGUUGACCCCGCUGUUAUGGGUGGCUUCUCCAACUAUGAGAAGGCAUUCUUGACAGACACCUACAUUCAACAGCACCCAGGUGACCAUGGACGCAUUGAGACCCUUAAACAUCUUAUCGCCCUGCAGAUCCCACUCUUGGCAGAUGGAAUUCGAAUCCAUGGAGAGAAAGCGACGGAGCAGCUGAAGCCCUUACACAAUCGUCUAGUCACUUGCUUCCAAGACCUUCGGGAAAAAGUGGAGAAGCAUUAUGGCGUCAUAACCUUGCCCUGCUCUCUGACUGAAAAGAAGAAAAGUCGCGUGGGCUCGGUGGUGAUGCCCUACAUCCUGUCUUCCACCCUGCGUCGCAUGUCCACUGUCUCAACCCUCUCCAAUGGCUCCUCAGGCCUCUCCAGCGGCUCUGCAUCCACAGAUUCCUUGUUGUCCCGUCCCAGCGAUCACAGGGCUUCUGUUCUUUCUCGCUCUGAGGAGGACAACAGGAUCGCUCGAAAGAACAGGAAGGAGUGGAGCGUGAGCAAGUCUCAAGUUCUUCUGGAGACACAGUCAGAUGCAGAUGAAACUCAUCCAGAGAAGCAGCAGAGACCUAAAAGUUUACAGCUGGGAGACCGGCGGCUCACCCUCUCUCUGUUCCAGGGCAAUUCAUCUCAGCUCUGCUUGUCUAACCCACUCAGCCCACUUCCUGCCUCUCCACACACUCCAAACACACCACGCAGUUCCAGUUAUUCAUCACUUCUCAGUGACAAUGAUGCCAAUACUAUUGACACCCCAGGGACUCCCCCACCCAUGCCUCCGAAGAAACACCCGCAUGAGAUUGACAACCUCGGGUUCUCUUCAGAGUUCACUCCUCCAUUACCAGUGAAAAUUGAGAGCAAGCCUCCUCCACCGCCUCCAAAGACUCGAAAGUCAAUGUUUCCCUCGUAAGAAAACACCCCCCCCAGUAAGGCUACACCUACGCACAGACCUUGAAGUUUCACUAAUUCUCUGAUUUGAGUGCGAUGAAAGCAGUUUCAUUUGUGGCAUUGUGGAAAUACCACAGUUGGAUACAGAUUGCAGGAAUUUCUGCUACAAUAAUUUCUUUCCAAUUCAGGUUACUUAGGACUCCAAGCAGUCAUCUGCUCCUAAAUUUUAUAAGUCAUUUUGUUGUUAAAGUGAAAGGAUGAAUAGAUGCAGGGUCAUAAGAGGAUGCUGCUUUGUGGAGCUCUUUUUUUUUUUUUUUUUUUUCAUGGUACGUUUUUAGAUUUUUUUGUGAUUUUUAAGGUAAUGAAACAGUCAUUCUUUAAAAAUGAGUCACAAUAAGGUUGUUUUUUAAAAAUAAAUUGCAGGGAAAAGGAAUAAACAAUGUUGCGAAGUCAUGUUUUAUUUUUAUGUGCAUAUGGAGAAACACUGGAUGACUCAUUUCUUCCCCUGGCUGUUUAACAGCAUUCCAUAUGGUCAGGAAAAGGCUGCGUUACAUAAAUGUAAAACUUGAUUAAGAGCAGGGAAUAUCAUGUACAGAAUGUAACUGUUAGUUUACAAUGUACUCGUGUUUAGUUCUGUUAUGACCAAAGCAAUUUUCCUAAACCACAAGGUUUCAGUAACACUGGAUGGCAUUAUUGAAUGUGGUGCAGAUUCUGCAUUUGUUUUGUUGUUUAUGAUGAACUCAGUGCUGUAACUGAUGCUUCCUAAAUUUAUGUCCAAUGGAAGUACAAUUUUCCUUUAAGGAAUUAGUUCUAUAUUUUGGGGAAUACAUGUUUGUUUUUUUGUGUACAGUACUUAUAAAGAAAUACUUGAUACCUAUCUCCCCAUUAUGUAUUUGUAGGGUAAAUAUGUAGCUGAAGCCCACAGCAUAGCUGAGCCUCGCAUUAACUGGAGGAAACAACCAGUCUAUUUCUUUACAGCAGUAACUGAAACAAAGGGAUAAACCUUUGUUUUACAGCACAAAGUUUUAUGUGUGGCUGCCAUGGAACCACUCAAUACUCCAAAAAAAAAAAAAAAAAAAAAAAAAUAAUGGUUCAAGGUGACCGAGGAGUGGUCCAUCACAUUACUUCCUGUUGAUCUUUAUGUAAACAGUAGCAUCUGAGCUCUGAUUGGCUGAUUCAGUUGCCUUCUAACAGUGCCAAACUAGCUGUUUCUGAAAUUUAAGCUAAGCUAUCCUGAUUCAGGCUUCGAGUACAUACUUACCAUGCAGACCUAACCCUGGCUUCUCAUAUGUAAAUUGGCCCUUAACAGAGCCAUCAAUGCUGUAAGAUUUAAACUUUUUGAAGUUCAGUUUAGUUGCAUUUUCAAGUGGGGUUUCAUCAUUUAAAUUUAGAUCAUUGCUAUCUAUUGACUGUAAAAUUUCUUUAUAGAUUUACACACACAAGCUGUACAGAGAUGGUUUAUUUCUUAUGCAGAGUAAUUUUUAGUACAUUUGCAACACACUACUUUGCACUGUAAUUUGCAAGAGAUUACGUAUGUGCCUUCAUAUUGCUAAAUCUAUGCAUGCAUGAUGUUUUAAGACUGAUCAAAUUGAGUUGAUGUCAGUAUUUGAGAUUUAUUUUUAGAUUUUAGUUGUUUUUACAAGGGAUUGAUGUCAUUGUGCAGUACAGAUUUCUUAACCAGCAUUGUAGAAAAAUUUUCAAACAGUGCCUUGAGAUAUUUUUUAAAUGAACAAGCUGUUGUCUGAACCAAAUAAAGACUUUUUUCCCCUUUU